AUGAGCAAUUUACCCUUCCUGGCCAAUAACCAGGUGGACUACUCGCCCAAGUUGCCAAUUUGCCUGCCUUUCUGCAAGAACCUAAAAAUUAGCAGUGGAAGGUGGAAGAAUGUGGAGAGCAACAACCGACCCUCUAUGAAGAGGCAGUGCAAGCCACCAGUUAAGAUGUUCGUGCCUGCUCCUCUGCUAAGUGUUGAUGCUCUUGCUGUCUCAAUAAUGUCUCUUGCUACAAAAAUCCAUGCGAAGGGUUUUAACUGGGAAAUGUCCCUAAUAAAUGAUCAAGGUGAGGUAGUACCAGAUCAGCGAGACGCUUCUGCAGCACAUCAAUAUCCACCUCCUUCCUCUGCAGCUGGUGGAUAG